AACCCCCGCAUCAUGCCGGGUCUUUAUCUUUUCUUUCUCUCUCCUUUUUUUCUCUCAAAUCCGUUCAUCAGUAUCAUCAUAACGUAAAUCCUGGAUGGUUAACAUUGCUUAAAGUGUCUUAGAACAUUGUUUUAUUUACUUGCGAAGCCAUGUAGGUCAGUUUUUUUUCCUGCUGAACAGCAAUUAGGAUGCACAGGGUUUCGUUUGCUCGUUUUCUUUUCUCUUUCUGACCUUAGUCAAUUUCCGUGUCUCCGUGCCCCAGAACUGAUGCACAAAUGAACGCGUUGAAGGCACGUCCGAGGCGUGUUCCGCCGGCGGUCGUUAGGUGUGAAGCUGGCCAAGUGUGUGAGACGCGCUGCGUUGCAUGUGCAGCGCAUCCAUAGUUUCACAAUUUGUUUGCUGCGGGAGAACAAAUCACCGGGUCUGGUCCGAUACAUCAUUCCGGCUCGGGGAUUUAAAGAGUCACUAAAUAUUCAAGUUCUUCAAAGCUUUAGCUCCACAUAAGGAUCAACAGGAUUUCUGAUAUGGGGUGGUCCCGUGGUGGCAGCCGGCUGGUAUGUCUCCUUCUCCAAGUCUCGGUGCUGGCACUGCUUGCCGGCGCGGAGAAGAUGUGCCCCCGGGGGUGUCGCUGCGAGGGGAAGAUCGCUUACUGCGAGUCAGGAUCCUUCCAGGACAUUCCUGAGAACGUGUCCAGCGGCUGCCAGGGCCUGUCACUGCGCUACAAUGGCUUGACGACCCUGCUGCCAUACCAGUUUGCCCACCUCAGCCAGCUUGUCUGGCUCUACCUGGACCACAAUGCCAUCGGUGUGGUGGACAGCCGGGCCUUCCAGGGCGUGCGGCGGCUCAAGGAGCUGAUCCUGAGCUCCAACAAGAUCUCACAGCUCCACAACCAGACCUUUCAUGGCGUGCCCAACCUGCGCAACCUGGACCUGUCCUACAACAAGCUGCAGGAGUUGCAGCCAGGUCAGUUCCAGGGUCUGCGCAAACUGCAGAGCCUGCACCUGCGCUCCAAUGGGCUCACGGGUAUCCCCAUCCGCGCCUUCCUGGAGUGUCGCAGCCUGGAGUUCCUGGACCUGGGAUACAACCGCCUGCGUGCCGUCACACGCACCACCUUCCUGGGGCUGCUCAAGCUCACUGAGCUGCAUCUGGAGCACAACCAGUUCUCCCGAAUUAACUUCUUCCUCUUCCCGCGACUCCUCAACCUACGGGCGCUCUACCUACAAUGGAACCGCAUUCGUUUAAUCACCCAGGGCCUCCCCUGGACCUGGCACACUCUGCAGAAACUGGACCUCUCUGGGAACGAGAUCCAAGCCCUAGACCCGGCCAUAUUCCAGUGCCUGCCCAACUUGCAGAUACUCAACCUAGAGUCCAACAAGCUCAGCAACGUGUCACAAGAGGCAGUGGCCUCGUGGACCUCUUUGAACACCAUCAGCUUGGCCGGCAAUGUGUGGGACUGCGGUCCGGGCAUCUGCCCCCUGGUGGCCUGGUUGAGGAACUUCAAGGGCAGCAAGGACACCACUAUGAUAUGUAGCAGCCCCAAAUCACUCCAGGGGGAGAAGGUGAUAGAGGCUGUGAGGAAUUACUCCGUCUGUGAGGAGACGCCAACUUUGGCACCGACCUUGAUGCCGACGGACCAGCUGACUAUGGUCCCCAUGACAGCCACUGUGAGACCUCCUCCCCCACCUACUCCUGCCCCCACCACACGAGCAGUCCCCACUUGGCUCAAACCCCAACUCCUCCCGCCUCUUGACUCUGGUCGUACUGACAGGGGGUUCUGGCCUCGUCCAAGUGGUGCCACAUCCCCCGGAAACUCACCUGCCACCCCCGAGCCACCGUUUGAGCACAUGUCCUUCCACAAGAUCGUGGCGGGUGGUGUAGCCCUCUUCCUGUCUGUGUCGCUCAUCCUUCUGGUCAUCUACGUGUCGUGGAAGCGGUAUCCCAGAACCAUGAGGCAGCUCCAGCAGCACUCGGCGGGCCGAAAGCGGAGGAAAAAGGCCCCAGAGACGGAGCCGGAGUCUGGCCUGAGCCCCCAGCUCCAGGAGUACUACAUGAGCUACAACCCGACGAGCUCAGACACCAUGGACAUGCUGGUUAACGGUACAGCCCCUUGCACCUGCACCAUCUCCGGCUCCAGAGAAUGUGAGGUAUGAUCCGUCAAAAGCUCCCUCAAAAUGCUCUCCGCGUCUGGGAGUGAGAGAAUGAAUACACUUGUCUCAGGCCGCUGCCGGGCGUGUGGCUUGGGGAUCUGUCGGCGAUUCACUGAAUGGAGCAAGCGACGAGAGGACAGAACGGACAGAACCAAAACUGAAGCCUGAGGAGCCGGUCGGCUCAUUCAUGCGUACAUGUGACAUACGCGGGAUUCCUGUUUCGCUUUAUUUUUUUGCUUAGUCUUUCUAUAUUCGGCUCAGCCCACCUCUUUCACCGACGCUUCGUUUUUGUGUGUGUCAGGCCUUCGCGGGUCACCAGGGACCUUGAAAUUCCUGCGGCCCCCACACAUGCAUGUGCCCGGUAUUCAGACAUGGGGGGGGGGGGUGCACUUCUCACCCAAAAUCAUUGGGCCGUCACAACUGAGGCCCCUCAGGACAGCGACGAGAUGCUAGGUGGCGAAGCAAAGGUGGAAUACCCAGACACUGCUGGGCAUGGCGCCCCCUCCUGGCUGUGACGUGCCAGUGAGGACAGGACCUUGGCCAGGGGCACAAGUUCCACAGAAGGUCCGUCUCGGCCAUUAAGGAGCAGCGCUUUCGGAGGCACAGGACUCCGUCGGCCCUCCCCGAGGUGGCCCCGCCAACCGCAGUUGGCCCUCAUACCCACGCGUCGGCCCUUCGGAAAGGACCAGACCUCCCACUCAUGUCCUUCAGACUCAACACCUUUUGUGUCGUCCUUCCAGUUGAAUGUAGCCCCCCUCCCCGCCAAGCUCGUCACCUUCUUUCAUCUGCAGCUUCUAAAGUCUUUGUUGUGGAAGAGAGUUUUAUCUUCAAUGAAGAGACCACUCAAGGAUCUUCGCCACUUCCUCCCCCGUUUCCUGUCACUGGCCGUUUAUUAACCUCCCAGCACGUGCCGUACACGACAGAGGGACUCUGUACAAAUGAGGACCCCAACACUACAUGUACACGUGACGCUCCCUUGCCCCCCCCCCCCCCCCCACCUCCCCGGGGACACACACACACAUACACACACAUACACACACUUCCUGGUGCAGAGGACACAGACUUUCCAGCAGGGUCCCCUGUAGAUGUUCUGGAGAUCAAUCGGCAAAGUCUCCCCAUCCCACCCCUUCUGUGAUGAUGGAUCGCUGCUCUACACUUAUGGACCCCCCUCCCCCAUCAAUAAUAAAUCACACUAAAAUGGGCCCCCUCCUCUCACUGAGCCUGCACUAUCAAUAACGGGCUCUUUCCUGAGCCCCUUGGCUAGGUCCCCACGGUGACCUGUUUCUGAGCACACUCCUCGUUCCGGUCCGUGUUCGGGCACACAGCUCUGGGGACAGCUCACACCAUCGGACAGGCCGUGGGGACCCGGUUUUGUGCCUGGUGAGCAGCAGUGCGGAGGAGUUCAGUCGAAGGGCAGGAGGGAGAGUCCCGAAGCCACGACGGUACCAUCACCGCGUAAUUUUGCUAAAGGAAAAAAAAGGUGAUUCACAGCGUGCAGCCAAUUACAGCCGCCCCUCGCCGCCAACAAUCCCGACAGCAGCCUCGGGUCCAGCUGCUAGCCAGGACCCAGUGGUGGCGUGAUCUGUGUUUUUGGCAGGUCCACCAUUAAUGAAAAAGGACACUUGGGUUGAUUUAUAUUUAUAAGCUAAACCCUGGAAUCUCAAAGUGUGUCAUGUGAGGAAUAGUCUGGAUGAAGAGUAGAAUGGAUCAUAGGAUAUAAAUGUGGAAGGUUCUAGAAUAAGCUGGAUGUUUUUUUUAUUAUUUUCUUUUUCAUUCUCCUUGUAAUUUCAAGCUCAGUGCAGUCAGUAUUAGAGGUUUAACGUGAAUGUUCCGCAUCCCAUCGAUCUGGACCUCUGUAGAUUUACUCUGAAGAACAUGCACUCAUGUGCACCGGUGAGACUCUUACAUCCCGAGGAGGCUGAGUGUGAUUUUUUUUUAAAUAGGAAUAUGACCCAUUUGAAAAGAACAAACUCAUUAGGUUAGGUAAGAACAUCGAGGAGUGAGUUGUUACAUUAGUGUGUUCCCCUGUUAGGAGAAGGGAACAUUCUUACUACUCCCUCAUGAGGAACAUCAUGUAGCAAGUCUCCCCCUCCACCAGCCCAGCCCAGGUGCAUUAAAGCAGAACUCAGACAAUUUGGGAAUUAAAUACACAUUGAGGGUAUACCCCUUAUGUUCUGUACCUAUCAGCCUGCUGUAUACAGGAAGCACGCUCUCACGUGUGGUACAUUCCCAGUGAUUCCUCUGACCCCAAAGUCCAGAACCUUGAAGAGAGGAAGACCCGAAGAGAAAAACAAAUUUUUGAAAGUUAUGGAUUUUUUUUUAAGAAAUUAUAUCGAAUUGUCACA